GGGGAAUAGAGUUCUGCACCAGGAAGAAAGGCGGGACGUGGAGCAGAGAACAGCAGGUUUGAGGAUCGCUGUGCCCUGCUAACAGGAAAGUGGGCAGCUGAACCCAGAGCAUCUCAGGGAACCACGUCACUCCCUAGUCUCCAUGGCAGAAGAGGAGACCAUCCUACAGAUCACCAGGAACCUGAAAAAUGCUGUCUCCGCCAUCCUCCAGGGAUACGGGGAUGGGCAGGGGCCUGUGACAGACACCAGCGCUGAGCUACACAGACUCUGUGGCUGUCUGGAGCUGCUACUGCAGUUUGACCAGAAAGAGCAGAGGAGCUUCCUGGGGGCUCAGAAGGAUUACUGGGAUUUCCUCUUCACUGCCCUGCGACGACAGCGGGGAUGCACGGAGCAGAUCAGCUUCGUAUGCUCACAGAGCAAGCUGAAGACCUCUCUGGGAAAGGGUCGCGCCUUUAUCCGGCUCUGCCUUGCCUGUGGACAGCUGGCCGAGUCAAUGCAGUUGUGCCUCCUGAGCCCAGAUCUCACUAGGGAAUGGUAUGGUCCCCGGAGCCCUCUGCUGUGCCCUGAGCUCCAGGAAGAAAUCUUGGACUCUCUUUAUGCCCUCAACGGAAUUGCCUUCAACCUGGAUCUGCAGCGGCCAGACCUGGAUGAAGACUGGCCCAUGUUCUCAGAGUCCCGCCACUCCAAUCCCAGCCGGACCCAGGAAAGAAGACCCAGAAAGCCAGAAGGUUUCCCAAAGGAGGCGAGCUGCUCCAGAGGACAGCUACAGGGACCAGAUGCCCGUGGAACCAGCUGUCUGCAAGAUGCACCCAAGGAAGACCACCAACAUGACCUCCCUACCCCCUUGCAGCAUGGCCAUCUUCCCACCUCUUUGGAAAAGAAGAGAGGGGAUUCCAGGAGCCUCAGUUGUCCCCAGAGCAUUCGAGAAACAGAAGGGGAUGAAUUUCAGCUAGACCAGAAGGAAGGAGGCCCAAAGAACAGAAAAUCCCCAAAGAAUUCAGCAGCAUGCAGCCAGCGACAGAGGGAGGGAGCUAAGGAGGCACAAAAGGAGGUGACAGGAAUAGAAAAUGGAGGCACAGGAAGUCUGACAAUGACAGAAGGCCAGAGAACAACAGAAGGGACCCAGGAAAGGGAAGCAGACUGGGACCAUGACCAAGGGCUGGUGACCCCCAGCCUUCAAGGAAGGGUAGAAAACAGAGCAUUCAGGAACAGGCAGGGGUGGGAUCAGCCUAGUGUUCUAGGGCAGCUCUGUGUCCUGCAAGGCCUGGGAAUAAAGGAAGACUCCUCCACAGAGAAGCCACAACAGUGGACAGGAGUGAGCAGUAUGAGCAGGCAGAAGGGUCGAGCAGAAGAGCCAUUGCAGGAGGUGGUCAAGGACCCCAGGUAUGAGCUCCAGCUGGCAAAGGAACAGGCCCAGCGCCAGGAGCAGCUGCUGCAGGCCCAGGAAAGAGAGCUGCAGACACUCCAGGAGCAACUCAGCAGGUGUGAGGCAGAAAGAGCCCGCUUGCAAAUGAUGCUGGGACAGAAGCAGCAGGAGGCUGAGAGGAGGGACGCCAUGUAUGAGAAGGAGCUGGAAGGGCAGAGGGACCUGGUCCAGGCCAUGAAAAGGAGAGUGUUGGAACUGAUUCACGAGAAGGACCACCAGUGGCAGAGGCUCCAGCAGCUGUCUACCGUGGCCGCUGGACACUGCAUGGACUGCAACAAGGUCUUCAGGCGUCUGUCUCGGCGCUAUCCCUGCAGUGUGUGUGUGUGUCACGCGCGCGCGUGCAUGCAUUUGCAUGCACAUGUGUGCCACAGCACAUGUGUAGAAAACAGAGAGCAACUUGCAGAAAUUGGUCCUCUUCUACCAUGCUCUGUGGAGGCCUGGUGUGCCACGCCUGCUCUGCAGACUACAAGAAGAGGGAGCACUGCUGCCCAGCCUGUGCCCAGCGGGAAGAAAUCCAAAUCAACUGACCGGUCACAAGAGGAGCCUAAGACAGCCACCCCCUUCAUCCCCCAGCUCCCUCCCUCCCUGAAGUAUGGCCACACUUUUCUUCUGGAAGCUGGUGAGCCGAGGCACCAGCACAGCUGUGAGGGGUGGGAGAGGACUUAAUGCUGGCCGUCCACAGACAGACUGACUUAGCUCUGCCUUCCUGUGGAAGAGGCUGAAUGGAACAUGCCUCAGCUCUAGAAGCUUGCAUCUGAUGCAAGGAAGACAGGCUAUGAACCCUUCGUAAAGUUCUUAGAGGCACAGUGAGUCCGUGACCAUGAAUAAGAACAGCCCAAGCCCAGCUGUUUCCUAUCCACACUUCCCUCCCCCCAACCCCUCACAGGAAGUGAAGCCCAAAUACACUGGGCUUUGCAAUCUCCCCCUCCAAUCUAUUUCAGGGAUCAUCGGUUUGUUUCAUUUUUCAUAGAUUUACAGGGGUACUGUUGACGUAUAAUAAACAUUGCAUAAAUUUGA